UAACGCAAACAGGAAACUCACGAAUAUUCAUGUAAGCCCCGCCCAGUGCUGUCGAAUAUUCAGAACAGAUGUUAAUAAAUCAAUCACAUUCGUCAUUCCGGACAGGCGCAGUAACCAGCAGUUGUGUCUGAUGAACAGUGUGAUCAACAUGGCUUCGUCUUCAGAUGAGUGCAGGUUUCUGGAUGAAUUAAAGAAGAACCGCGUUAAAAUAACUCUAUCAGACACUGAAAUCACUGGCGUUAUUCAGCGAGUCCACCCGAAGAAGACUGUGCUUUUAGAGGACGUGUCUGAGGUGAAAAGCGGACGGAAGUUUCCAGGUGUCAAACUGAUUUUCGGACACGAGAUUUUGAAAGUGGAUUUCAUCAGUUCUGUGAACGAAGACCUUGUUAAUGAAGAGCAGAGGUCAGAGUUCAGCUCUUUCAGGAGGAAGAUCAUCAUGGAUGGGGAUGAACACGACCUGAACUAUGUGCUGAUCGACGAGCUUCAUGAGAAGUUUGGGCCUGCAGUCAUGCACAUUAAAGAGCAGAGAGUGAUCGGCCUCGGUGCGGAUGUGUUCGGGCUGACUGAGCAGGAGAGGCUGUGCUGGCUACAGGUCGCCACGAAGAGAGUCGUCUACCUGUUCGAUAUACUCCUGCUUGGAGGACAAGCGAUUAAAAACGGGCUGUCCAUGAUUCUGGAGAAUCCCCACAUUCUGAAGGUGGUGCACGACUGCCGCUGUGUGGCCCGGUGUCUGAGAGCCCAGUUCAACGUCAACCUCACCAACGUCUUCGACACGCAGGUGGCGGACCUCAUGCUGUUCUACACCGAGACCGGCGGGUUUCUCCCGGACCGGCUCAGCCGACUCCCAGAGCUGCUCCACCUCCACCUGAAGCUGCCCGCCCACGCCCUCUCCCCCCUGUGGGCCCGAGAGCAGCACACACAGGAGUGUGCUGAGGUGUGGUACCUGCGCCCGUGUCCUCCUGUGCUGAUGAGUGCGAUGGCCUCGGCUGUGCUCCACCUUCUGCCGCUGCGCCUGCUCCUGCUGGACGCCCUCAUGGCCGACUACACCCUUCUGGUGGACACACACAUGAGCAGCGGCCACGACCAGUCCCUGCUCCUACAGCAGGAGGAGUCGGCGCUCCCGAGGGAAGCAGAAGAGCUGCUGUCGGUGAGACGGGAGCGUCGGGAAUGGGCCACGCUUCACUAUUCUCUGACUGACGCCGGUCUCCUGGAUCGCUCCAGCUUCAGACCCUCUCCUCACACACACACACACACACACACACACUCCGCCUGA